AUGAAUAUUGAAAACUAUAUUUCGCCACCUGAAGCACCUGUAUUCUAUCCAACAUGCGAUGAAUUUAUUGAUCCUCUUGAAUACAUUGAAAAAAUUCGACCGAUUGCAUCACGAGCUGGACUUUGUAAAAUAAUACCGCCUAAGGAAUGGCAACCACCAUUUUGUAUCAACGUUGAUGAAUUCCGUUUUACACCACGUAUACAACGGAUUAAUGAACUUGAGGCUGGUACACGAGCCAAAAUAAAAUUUUAUGAACGUCUAACAAAAUUAUUUGAGUCACAAGGACUCAAGUUAAAAAUUCCCACAGUUGAAAAGGAAAGUUUAGAUCUGGCAAAAUUACAUAAAAUUGUUAAAGAGGAAGGCGGUUAUUAUAUAUGUUGUUCGCAAAAAAAAUGGGCUAGUGUAGCACGAAAAAUGAACUUUCAUGAUACACAAACAAGUCGUGUUUUAAAACAACAUUAUGAAAAAUUAUUAUUGUCGUUCGAUGUCUAUGAAACAGGCAUUUAUGAAGAACACACAGAUGCUACAAGUCAAAAUGAGACAAAAAAGGGAAAUAAUUUAAAAACAGUUGAAUCCAAUGGAACAAUGAAAAAUGGAAAUAAACGAAAAGAUACUUCAUCACCAACAAUGGCAAAUAAUAUUGAUCCAUUUGCUAAUUUUAUAUGUAAAUCAUGUGCGCGCGGUGAUGAUGACAGCUGUUUAUUGAUCUGCGACAUAUGCGAUAAUUGCUAUCAUACAUAUUGUCUUAUACCAGCUCUAGUGGAAAUUCCUCGUGGUCAAUGGCGGUGUCCUAAAUGUGUCGCACAACUAUAUCAUACAGCAACACCAUCGGAUGCUUAUGGAUUUGAACAAUCAGGACGAGAAUAUACAUUAGGAGAAUUUGGAGAAAUGUCUGAUGAAUUUAAACGAAAUUAUUUCAAAAAGCCAUUAUCAGAAAUUUUACCUGAAGAUGUUGAGCAAGAAUUUUGGCGUAUACUUUCAUUACCGGAGGCUUCUGUUAAAGUUGAAUAUGGAGCCGAUUUACAAACAGGUGAUUUAGGUAGUGGAUUUCCUACGACACGAACAAAAAAUUUAAAUGAAAAUGACAAAAAAUAUCUCAAUUCUCCCUGGAAUCUCAAUAAUUUUGCUUGCCAUUAUAAAUCAGUGCUACGAUAUAUUAAUGCUGAUAUAUCAGGAAUGAAAAUUCCUUGGGCUUAUGUUGGCAUGUGUUUUUCAUGUUUUUGCUGGCAUGUUGAAGAUCAUUGGUCAUAUUCAAUCAAUUAUCUUCAUUGGGGCGAACCCAAAACUUGGUAUGGUGUACCCGGUUCAAGUGCUGAAAAAUUAGAAAACUGUAUGAAAUCGUAUGCUCCAGACUUAUUUUCUAAAACACCCGAUCUUCUUCAUCACCUUGUUACAACUAUGAAUCCAUCUAUAUUAUUACGUGAGGGUGUACCAGUUGUUAAAACCAAUCAACAAGCCGGAGAAUUCGUUGUAACAUUUCCUCGUGCUUAUCAUGCUGGUUUUAAUCAUGGUUUUAAUUUUGCUGAAGCCAAUAAUUUUUGUCCAGCUGAUUGGCUUCCAAUGGGUCGUUGUGCAAUCGAUCACUAUAAAGAAGUGAAACGUUAUAGUGUAUUUUCUCACGAUGAAUUAAUAUGUAAACUUGCAUCGGAAUGUCAAUAUCUUGAUCCAGCUAUAGGUGAUGCAACAAAAUUCGAACUUGAUUAUAUUGUUAAACAAGAGAAAAAUAGCCGAAAAUUAGCUUAUGACCAAGGAGUUACUGAUGGCGAUCGAGUCUGUUUUGAAUUGAUGCCUGAUGAUGAACGGCAAUGUGACGCUUGUAAAACAACAUGUUUCUUAUCGGCUGUAUCUUGUUUAUGUAAACCAAAUAUUCUGGUUUGUAUCAAUGAUAUUAAUCAAUUAUGUUCAUGCUCACCAAAAAAAUAUUGUCUGUGGUAUCGUUAUACUAUUGAUGAAAUGUUGAAUAUGGUAGAUGCAUUACGUGAACGUCUGGAUCUUUGUCAAAAAUGGAAAACAUUGGUCAAUCGACUUAUUUCAACUGAUCAUGGAAAUCUUAUAGAUUUCAAUGAUAUUGAAAAGCAUACAACAUCUGGUGUGUUAUGUUUACGUGAUGAUAUUCGUGUUAAAAUGGAAGAAAAAUUAGCUGAAGCUAUUGAAUAUCGGCAACUCGCAAAAAAUAUUUUGAAACGUAUUGCACGCAAAGAGGAACCAAUAGAAAAUAAUAAUAAUGAAGAAGAUUUAACUAAAAAGAAAAAAAUUCUCAAUGAUGAAAAUAAAGUUACAUUAAAUGAUAUAAAUCAAUUAAAAACUCGUGUAAAAUCCAUUGGUAUUACAUUUCAUGAAAUGAAUGCUAUUCAAACUAUUCUAGCCGAUUGUCUUCGCUAUCAAGAUGAAAUAAAAACUUUACUGCAAUCGGACAAACUUGAAUCAACUGAUGUCUAUUCAAAUUAUAUUGAACGUAGUGAUCAAUAUAAUAUUGAACUACCAAUUAUUGAACGAUUAAAAUUAUUCUAUCAAGCUAGUGUUUGGUAUGAACUUGUACAAAAAUCACUAAAUCGAACCAUAUCACCAAGUAAACUUCGAUCAUUGAUAACAUCCGGACAAGCAUUUCAAGCAUUACAUCAACAGAUACAACAAAAGGUUACUGAAUUACAAGUACAAUUACAGCAAUUAGAAUAUUGGGAUGAAAAAUCUCGACAAUUAACCAAAGAAGAACCACGUCCAACACUACAUACUUUAGAACAAUUCAUAAAAAGUGCUGAUGAAGCAAAUAUUCAUUUGGGUUCAAUUGAUAAAAUAAAAAGUCUAAUUAUUGAAUGCCAUACAUGGAAUGAAAAAUUUGAACAAAUGCAACAAGGUGAACAUUAUCCAUUUCUAUCUUCAUAUGAACAAUUGUAUGAGCAAGCUCGACAUUUUCAUAUUGAUUUGGAACCAUUAAAAUUGAUCGAACAAACGAUUUUACAAGCACGUUCAUGGCUUGAAAAAACACAAACAGUUUUUCGUCGGCCAGAUUCAAGUUUAACUAUACUUGAGAUGAUUACACCACGCGUCAGCGUUGCACCAAAGACAAUAACUAAAAAACGACAAGCGUCAAAACGAAUAACAGGCGAUGGACCAACAAAUGAAGCUAUUGGAGUUUUAGAUGAUACAAUAGCUAGAAUACUUGCCAGUGAUGAGAAUGAUCCGGAAACUGUGUAUAAAGUUUAUCGAGAAGCAACAAUGAAAGAAAUCGAAUGUUUGAAUGAACUGCGUGAAAAUAAUCAAAAGAAACGUUUAGAUUCAUCAUCCAUAUAUUGCAUAUGUGAAAAACCUUAUUCUGAUUUAUUGCUUCAAUGCGAUCUAUGUAAUGAAUAUUAUCAUCGCAACUGUUUACCAUAUCAUGGUUCAGAUACCAAUACAUCUGUAUGGUGGAUAUGCGAUUUUUGUAUACGAUCACGACGACCACGUCUUCAAGAUGUUGUAAAACUUCUUUCCAAUUUACAAAAAUUAACUGUUCGAUUACCCGAAGGUGAAAUAUUACAAUGCUUAACGGAACGAGCUAUUGCAUGGCAAGAAAAAGCAGAAGCUUUUCUGGCUUCACCUGUUCUACGUGAAUUGAGUACAGUUAAACAAGAAAAUAAAAUCAUAAAAGAUGAACAUAUCAAUGAUCCAAACAAACCAGAAAUACGAAAUUUUGAUUCUGAAACAUUUCGUUCAUCAAAUAAUUCGGCUGAACAUCAAUUAGAAAACUUACUUAUUGAAGGUGGCCUACUAGAAAUUUAUGUUGAUCAAAUAAAAUUACUCACAAAAUUAGUUAACUCAUCACGACGGUCAAAUUUAUCAUCAUCAGAUAAACCCAAAGUUGGCCGUUCACAAACGGAAAAAAACAAGUCAACAACAAUACGCAAACGAAAAUCAUAUGAAGUUCUUUCUAAAACAGACAAAACUAUACGACGUAAACGUUCUCGUAAAUCAUUUCUACCGGAACAACGCUCAUCCGAGAGUCAACCAGGCGCGUCAGCACCUGUUGUUUAUGUUUCAUCAAUGAUCGAUAUUCAACAGACAACAAUAAAAACUUCACCAAAAUCUGACAUUGAGCAUGAUAAUAAUCCGUCACUUAUAUCAGACGAUGAUAAUGACACAAACAAGAAAGGAAGUGCUAUUGGCGGAAUUGAAGAUGAAUGUGCAGUUGAUAAUGGGGCAUGUUUAAAGCCCAGCGGGUCAUCAAUUAAAUGGGUUUGCUGUGAUGCAUGUGAACGAUGGUUUCAUCUUGUUUGUGUUGGUCUAACAAGCGUUAAGAAAAAAGAAGAAUUUAAAUGCAAUCAAUGUAAACAAUUAUCGCUAUCAACAGUAUCGUCUUCGACGUCAACUCCAACAAUGCUUGUUACUUAA